GUUUCAAAAUCGAAAGAACAAAAAAUGUGUACUUCUCUCAAGUUCUUUUUUUAUAUUUUUAAUUAUUAUUUUUCUUUUCUUUUCUUCUUUUUUUACAAAUCGAAAGAGAGCAAGCAAAAAGUAUUAUUUUCGCAAAAUUUAUAAAGAAUAUGAAAUCGCGAAAAACGUGUCAUUCUUUAUGCAGCGCGCAGUCUAACUAAUUGUAAGUGAAAGUAAUGAGUUUUUCAAACAUGAUAAUCUGGUCGUUGGUAAAAGUAGCUCAAACAAUAAAUUGCACGCGAUCUAUACCGCUUGAUAGCACACCUAAUAGCACAACUAUCACUUAAUUACCAUUUUCCUACAAAAUAAUUUAAAAUAAUAUUCUUAUUUUUUUGUUAGAGAACAUAUCAUUUAUAUAAAUAUCUCGGAUAACCGACUUUCCUUUGAUAUUUCACUCUUGUUGUCAUUACUGGACGUUUGUAUCGAAGAAAGUCAACGGUUUUCUUUUCUGCUCUUCAUUAGCGUAGUAUCAAACGAUAUUGGCGAUUUCAUGUUUUAUAAAUCUUAUGCGAUUUUAUAUGCUUUCAUGCGAUAUUAUUCUAGCAAAAUUCACACGACGUGAUUUUAUGUAAUUUUCUAUAAUAGUAUAUAGAAGCAAUUUAUCUUUCAAACAAAAAUGUCAAGUAACCAACAUCAAUGUAAAUUGCUACGCCAUUGUUGAUCUUUCGAUCCUAGGCAAAUGUAAAUUUCCUUGAGCUCGACAGGAUGAUUACAAUUGCUUUCGGCAUUUUUGGCAUGGUUUGCAUUUUGCGUCCGUUAUUUAACCUUCUUACUUGAAUUCUAACUUGUUUGAGGCACCUUUUAAAACAGCGGACGAAAAUUAUAUUCAUUUAUGAAUAAUGAAUAUGGAUGUAAUUUUUCGUAGAUUAAUGAGAGAAAUACGAUUAUAUAAUCAUUUAUUUAUAUUUUUCAAUUGACUACAAGGUUGUGAAAUUAUCGAUCACAUUGCGAAGUCGAUGCAUACAUCCGCACAAAUAUUUUGUAAUUUGAUAGUAUAGAUCAUCCCAGUUAGUCUAAUUGCGACAGUUUGAACGGUAUUACAAGAGGACAUAUAAAUUGAAGUUUUUAUUUCACCGUGAUUUCUCGUACGUAUCUAUUCGAGUCACGAUAUUACAUCGUCACAUAAUAUAUAACCAAGUAUAUUUGAUGCGUCCUUGAACAUGAACCGUCAUAAUUUUCCGAUAAAUACGAUCGGAUAGGAUUUUUAAUCCACGAUUUCGAAAUCGUUAUUUAACUAUCUGAAAUUCGCCAAUUUAUUUAUUUUUUUUUUAACGAGUUCUUAUGUAUUUAAUAACAUUAACAUUUAUUUAUAUGCGUACACUAGAAAAUAUUUCAUGUAAGCUUCUGCCUCGUCAUUCGACAAAGUACUUUUUCAAUUCACAUGUUAACGCGAACGCGAAAACACGAUUGCAAAAAAAAAAGGAAUAUUUCUUUAUAUGUGAUUUUUUUUCUAUUGAAUAAUAACAGUUAACUUCAUAUUUAUAUUGGUUGCUAUAACGAUUUAAAUAGCGUUAUUAUACAAAUAUAUAGUGAGAAACAAUUUGAGAUGAGAAAGUUCCUAUUCAAAAUUUAAUCUCAAAUAAUAGAUUUUACAAAUCCGUGUGAAAGAAGUAGUGAUUACUAUAAUUCACUCAGUUAGUUUCUCUGGUGAUAUGCAUCAAUGCAUAAUAUAAUAAGAUACCCAACGUUUGUCUGGAAAUUUUUACGAUGGAUUCCAGCGAGAUUAUUAAUAUGCUUAAUGAUGUUCACCUGUUGCUGGACCAGUUACAUGUGUCGUUUGCAAAUGCCUAUUUUGGCAGUACCAAUGAUCAAGGCUCUACCGACCGAACCAAUAACUGGUGCAUGUUUCCGUGACAAUGAACGCCAACGGCGAUCUCUUUUGAUGUUCGAACCGAUUGACUUCAUCGAAGAAUAUAUUCUGGAUAGAAAAUUGAACUUUCAUGAAACCAAAGAGAUUGAGCUUGAAGGUGAACGUAUUGCCCGACAAGCAGAAGAAACAGAGGAACAACCAGUUCGAUCUGCGACUUUAUCGCUCUUCAGUGGAUUACCUUUCGAUUGGGGUCCUCAAAUUCGCGGGCAAUUGAUAGCUGCUUACGGUUACGGAUAUCUUCCUGGAUGUUUCCUUGGUGGUGUGAUGGCCUUGAAAUGGGGUCCAAGACGGGCGAUUCUUUGGACAUCCAUAGUAGCUGCUACUUUAUGUCUAAUCACUCCUAUACUCGCAGACCUUCACUGGGCUAUACUCGUAUUUGCUAGAAUAAUAGUAGGAUUUACCGGAGGUGUUACUUUUCCUGCUUGUCACACUUUAGUUGCCAAAUGGGCACCUCCUCAUGAACGAGCACGUUUUAUAUGGUCUCUUUUAGGUGGUACAUUUGGUACCAUUUUUACGUAUCCUUUAGUUGCUGCUAUUGCUCAAUAUUUAAACUGGGAAUCUGCAUGGUAUAUACCAUCCUUGCUGAUGUUCCUAUGGAUAUUUUUUUGGAUAUUAUUAGCCUUUGAUUCACCUGCGGAACAUCCGGGUAUAACUCAAGAGGAAAAAGAUUAUAUUUUAAGUUCUCAAGCAGGAAUAGUCAGAAUGCAAAAGCCUACGUUAAAACAGACACCGAUAAAAGCGAUACUUACUUCGAUUCCGUUUCUUAGUCUUGUUAUCUGCCACUUUGGCAAUCUUUUCUUAAUCUUUUUUUACCAAAAUUCGCUGAUGUUAUAUAUGUCGAAAGCAUUAGGUUUCGAUCUUACCAAAGGUGGUGGUGCUGCCGGUCUUCCUUGGGCUGGUAGAAUGUUAUUUGGCUUCUUUUUUUGUUGGGCUGGCGAUAACAUCAAAAAGAAAGAAGUUAUGUCCAUCACUAAACUUCGAAAAGGCGCAUGUAUAUUUUCCCAUUUUUUACCAGGCAUCUUUCUAAUAUUAGUUGGUUAUGCUGAAUGCAACUUAUACCUUGCUAAUGUAUUCUUAUUUUUGGCAUUGGGUUUCAAUGGAGCGGCGAGUAUAGCGAAUCUCUCGAACAAUCAAGAUAUUUCUCCGAACUUUGCAGGUUUUUUGUACGGAAUUAUGAAUACUGUUGGGAGUAUCUCUAGUAUAAUAAUACCGAUAAUGGUGGAAGAAAUUGCAGGCAAAUAUGGGAAUCCAAUCCAUAAAUGGCGACAACUAUUUAUGAUUGCUGCCGCUGUGUGUAUUCUGAGUAUGAUUGUUUUUAUUAUUGGUGGAAGUGGGGAAAUACAAAAAUGGAAUGAAAUUGAAGAUGUCCCAGAUGCAGAGCGAGGAAGGGGAAGAGAAAGAGAAGCAUAGACACGCUAUUCUAUACUUCGAUUGUUUUGAUUAUUCCUUUCUAAAAUCGAAAUCGGAAGAAUACAAUAUAUAAUAUAGAACAUCUAAAUUAAAAUUAAAAAAAGAUUUGAUAAUAUUAAAUCAAUGUUAUUUUAAUUGUUACGAUAUAAUAUAUUACAUAUUUAUAUAAAUUAUAAACAUUUUUAAUCAAUAUAAAAUAAUUAAAUCAAUGAAUUUUUCAGAGGA